AUGGCCCGCCUCUCACCACCAACUCACAGUUCGACUGAUUUCUGGCGGCGCCAGAUCAACUUCAGCUUCGGUUGGCGAGAAUACCAACUACAUCCCACCCAAGGAGGUUGCUCCAGAGCCACCGUGAUUCUCGCUCGCCAGGCGCCGUCGUCCAAGCUGGAUCAGACAUGCAUCGUCCCCCCGCAUCCAAGAUCGUGUUGCUACGCCUUCCCAGAGCUCCCGUGGGAGUUAAGCUACACCACCACGCUCGUCUCGUAUCCAAGCCCGUGCAGCUACACCGUCACGCGUUGA